GGGCUGCUCCCGGGUCGCACUUCCGGCCAUCUCCCUGGGCGACGCGGCUUGUGGAGUCACUAGCCGGCGGUGCUAGUUAGGGUCUCCGGUGACCCGGACCGCGGUGGCGGUACCGCGGGCGGGAUGUUCCGGAGUUUGAGCAGUUGGUUUGGCUUGGAGCAGCCGGCGGCGGGUGGCCGGCAACCUGAGGGAGACAGGCCGCUGGAGGGAGACGCUCCACCCCAGGAGUGCUCUGAAGCGGUGACCGAGUCGGCGGAGGGGGAGCCGCAGCAAGCGGGGGACCAGGAACUCCUUCACCCAGCGAAAGGCCUCGGCAACUAUCUAUUUAGCUUUGCAACUGCUGCUACAAAAAAGAUAACUGAAUCAGUUGCUGAAACAGCACAAACAAUAAAGAAGUCAGUAGAAGAAGGAAAAAUAGAUAACAUCAUUGAUAAGACCAUUAUAGGAGAUUUUCAGAAGGAACAGAAAAAAUUUGUUGAGGAACAGCAUACCAAAAAAUCAGAAGCAGCGGUGCCCCCAUGGGUUGAUAGUAAUGAUGAAGAAACAAUUCAACAACAAAUCUUGGCCUUGUCCGCUGACAAGAGGAAUUUCCUUCGUGACCCUCCAGCCGGAGUGCAGUUUAAUUUUGACUUUGAUCAGAUGUACCCUGUUGCCCUCGUCAUGCUCCGGGAGGACGAGCUGCUGAGUAGGAUGAGAUUUGCCCUUGUUCCUAAACUCGUGAGGGAAGAAGUGUUUUGGAGGAACUACUUUUACCGCGUCUCCCUGAUAAAGCAGUCAGCCCAGCUCACCGCCCUGGCCGCCCAGCAGCAGGCCGCCGGGAAGGAGGAGAAGAGCCACGACAAAGACGAAGACUUGCCAAUGACAGAGGCAGUACGGCCCAAAACACCACCUGUCGUAAUCAAAUCUCAGCUUAAAACUCAAGAGGAUGAAGAGGAGAUUUCUACCAGCCCAGGGGUUUCUGAGUUUGUCAGCGAUGCCUUUGAUACCUGUAACUUAAAUCAGGAGGAUCUAAGGAAGGAAAUGGAGCAACUGGUUCUUGACAAAAAGGAGGAGGAGACAGCCGUACUAGAAGAGGAGCCUGCAGAUUGGGAAAAGGCACUACAACAGGAGCUGCAAGAAUAUGAAGUGGUGACGGAAUCAGAGAAACGAGAUGAAAACUGGGAUAAGGAAAUAGAGAAAAUGCUGCAGGAGGAAAAUUAGCUCUUUCCUGAAAUAAAAGAAUAAUCUUUAACAUUCUGUAACUGACGUUAAAUUCUAGAUGAUGGCGUUCACUGAAUCAGAAGGCACAAAAGAUUGGCAUAACUUUAUGAAAUUGAAAAUUAUUUUUUCAAGCUGAAACUUGCCUUUUCUGCUUUUAAAAAAAGUACAUAGAACAGUUAUUCUAAUAUUCAAAAAGGGAUGUUUUAUGUAAUAUUUCUUUAAUAAAAAUCUAGUUAGAGAUGUUCACAUAGUGAGGAUGGAUAUCUUUGCCACAGAAAUGCUUUUCCGUGAGGUCAGAAUUAUAAUUUAUUCUUCAGUUGUGGUUUUCUAAAUAUCUGUACUACUUGUUGCAUUUUCAUUGCUACAUGUACGUUACAGUUUUUAAAGGAUUGAUAAGUAUCGAAAUGACCAAAUUGUAUGAAAGAAUUUAAGAAGAAGCACUUUCAAGACUAUUUUCUUGGUAGAUAUUUUCUAAAAUUCCACCUAGAAGCCUAAGGAUGAGAUAAUUACAUUAAUUUUAAUGGUAUACACAUCACACAAUUUGACAUUGAGAAAUACUUUGCAAAAACAUUUAUUAUUCUCUGGGGCCUUUUCUUGUUUGUUUGUUUGUUUAACUAUACCAAACUUAAUAUUGUUGCUUUCCUAAAUUUCACAUCACAGGUUUUUUUUUUUAGAAAGCAGGGCAUUUCCUCCCUUUUAUAUUAAUGACCUUCAAGAAGCCCAUUCACCUUACAGUCUCUUGUUUUUGUGAAAAUCAUCACCACGUAUAAAUGUUUCAGCCUUGUUUGUCUUAAUUAAACCGUCAGUCUUU